GCUAUCUCGGAAAGUUGGGUUCCUCUUUCGGCGUGAAGGUUGCUUUUUUCGCCUUCUCUGGAAUUUGUAUUUCAGUAGACGACUUCUCCCCCGCAUUCUCUAGUUGUUCCUUUUGCAGAAACACAUUCCCGACUAUUCUUGGCGAAGAAGUUGAUUAAGCGCAACCCACGACUCCCUCCGUCCUUUUGCCCCUCCCUCAAUCUUAACUCUAUAAUCUUGACGGUACAAAACUUGCAAAAAGCAAACCUUAGAAAUCAAGCUGCUCAACAUGCCGUCGACCGCGGGAGGGCCUCAAACUCUCUACGACAAGAUUCUCGCCGACCAUAUUGUCGAUGAGAAGUUGGACGGUACUAUUCUUCUAUAUAUUGACAGACAUCUUGUCCACGAAGUCACAUCACCGCAAGCGUUCGAGGGCUUGAGAAAUGCAGGCCGACAAGUCAGGAGACCCGACUGCACUCUUGCGACGACUGAUCACAAUGUUCCCACCAAGUCCCGCAAGGGCAUGAAGGACAUCUCCACUUUCGUCGAAGAGGACGACUCGCGCCUACAAUGUAUGACUCUUGAGGAAAACGUAAAAGAGUUCGGCGUCACAUACUUCGGUCUCGGCGACAAGCGUCAGGGUAUUGUACACGUCAUCGGACCCGAGCAGGGUUUCACUCUGCCCGGUACGACCCUUGUCUGCGGUGACUCUCACACUUCGACACAUGGCGCCUUCGGCUGCCUUGCCCACGGUAUUGGUACGAGUGAGGUUGAGCACGUCUUGGCUACACAAUGUCUCAUCACAAAGAGAAACAAGAAUAUGAGGAUACAAGUUAAUGGCGAGCUGGCCCCUGGUGUCAGCUCAAAAGAUGUGGUCCUCCACGCCAUCGGCUUGAUCGGAACCGCUGGUGGUACUGGAUGCGUUAUCGAGUUCUGCGGUUCCGUUAUUCAAAGUUUGAGCAUGGAGGCCCGCAUGUCCAUUUGCAACAUGUCGAUCGAGGCCGGUGCUCGAGCUGGCCUGGUUGCCCCCGACGAGAUUACCUUUGAGUAUCUCAAGGGCAAGCCCCUAGCCCCCGCCUAUCCUUCCGAGGAAUGGGACCGUGCUAUUUCGUACUGGAAGAGCCUUCAGUCUGAUUCCAAUGCCAAGUUCGAUAUCGAUGUCCAGAUCGACGGUGCUGACAUCAUCCCUACUGUGACUUGGGGUACCAGCCCCGAGGACGUCGUCCCAAUCACUGGUGUCGUGCCCGACCCCGAAACCUUUGACGACGAAGCCAAGAAGCAGACUGGACGAAGGAUGUUGGAGUACAUGGGUCUUACUGCUGGAACAAAGAUGGAGGACAUCCCUAUUGACAAGGUAUUCAUUGGCUCUUGCACCAACUCAAGAAUUGAGGAUUUGCGAGCCGCUGCCGCCGUUGUGAAGGGCAGGAAAAAGGCCGACAACGUCACACACGCUAUGAUUGUGCCUGGCUCCGGUCUUGUCAAGGAGCAGGCGGAGGCUGAGGGCCUAGACAAGAUCUUCAUCGAAGCCGGAUUUGAUUGGAGGGAAGCGGGUUGCAGUAUGUGUCUAGGCAUGAACCCAGACAUUCUAUCGCCACGUGAGAGAUGUGCCAGUACCAGCAACCGAAACUUUGAGGGACGUCAAGGUGCCCUGGGUCGCACUCACUUGAUGUCGCCUGUCAUGGCUGCCGCUGCCGGCAUCGUCGGAAAGCUUGCAGACGUUCGUACCCUGACUGAGUACAAAACCAGCCCACACAUUGAUGCCUUCAAGGCUUCUCACCCAACAACAACAACAACAAAAGGCCACAAGGAUGAGAGUAUCGAGUAUGACGAAGAGGCCAGAGAGAAGCUCACCGACCAGCCCGAGGACAGCGAAACCACAAACCAUAUUGUCGGUAAGCCGCAAGGCGGCCAGGGUUUGCCCAAGUUCUUGAUCCAUAAGGGUAUCGCGGCACCCAUGGAACGCUCUAAUGUCGACACCGACGCUAUCAUUCCCAAGCAAUUUCUGAAGACCAUCAAGCGUACUGGUCUGGGCUCUGCUCUCUUCCAUGGAUGGAGGUACAACGAAGACGACACACCCAACCCCGAUUUCGUCCUCAACCAGGAGCCUUACACCAAGGCCAAGACUCUAGUCGUCACCGGCCCCAACUUCGGCUGUGGCUCCUCGCGUGAGCACGCCCCUUGGGCUCUUCUUGACUUUGGCAUUAAGUGCAUUAUUGCACCAUCUUUUGCCGACAUCUUCUUCAACAACACCUUUAAAAAUGGCAUGCUUCCCGUCAAGAUUGAAAACAAGUCCGAUCUUGACAAGAUAGUUGCCGAGGCUCAUGCUGGCAAAGAGAUUGAGGUUGACCUGCCGAACCAGGUCAUUCGCACUGCCAACGGAGAGGAAAUCUGCAAGUUUGACGUCGAGGAGUUCCGCAAGCACUGCCUGGUCAAUGGCCUCGAUGAUAUCGGCUUGACCAUGCAGCUCGACGAUAAGAUCGUGGACUAUGAGAAAAAGGCCACUGCCCGCACACCCUGGGUUGACGGUCGUGGCUAUCUGAAGAGAAAGGGCCAGGGCGGCAAGCUGGCUGCCAAGGCUGUUCCUGUCCCAACCACGAAUCGUGGCGAGGAGAUCAAGAACCCCAUCGAGUGGUAAGCGGGGAGGAUGCCUUGACGAAGAGGAAUUUUAAAUGUUUUUAUUGCAUUGCUCGAGCACGAGACGUAUUGCGAGGAGUUCAAAAGCCAUUCCGAUGGGUCUGGUCUUGGUAUGACAUCGAAGAGUUAUGAACGUGCACAUAUUGCACAUAUUUCAACCGCUUGAAGCUGAAUUGGCUCGCGGAACACAAUGAAGUAAAAUCGAAGAUUUAAAUCCAAUCACAAUGUCUUAUACAUCAUGGUGAUAUCUGUGUGCCUGGAUAUUUUCGGACGUAGUUCAUAUUCAGGGACCAAGGAUGAAGGAUUCAGUCGCUAUGGACGCUGGACAACUCACGGAAGCAGUGAGGUACAAGCCUUAUCCUGUUCUGCUCUUUGACGAGUUUGAGAAGGCAUGUAGGGAUAUUUCUGCUUUGCUUUUGCAACUACCUGAUGACGGGUACUGAUGGACGCACA